AUGGGAAGUUUAGAAAUGAGCGGAUUGACCAUUAGAGUUAAAAGGGGAUCGAGGGGUAGUGCUACACUUCUCGAAGCAGCAAACAGAAUUCUUAAACUGCUUGGCGUGAGCUCCACCAAGCGCGGGAAACAACCCUCGCCGAAAUCAAAGCCAAACGGUGUACCCGGGAGUGAGGUUAGGGCGCCAAUAGCUACUACAGAGUGCGUGAUUGACUCACCAGUCAAAAUGCAAGCAUCACAUGCUGCCUCGGCCCCUGUGCCGACGCCCACGUCCACUCAUUCAUCAAAUCAGUCUUACAAACAUUCAAAACGAACCGCGAAGGACUAUAUAUUUGGAAAACUCAUAGGCGACGGCUGCUACAGCACCGUCUUCUUAGCCAAAGACAUACAUACUGGAAAAGAAUAUGCAAUUAAAGUUUGUGAGAAAAGUCACAUCGUGCGACAUCAAAAAGUUCAGUACAUAAAACGUGAAAAAGAUGCUUUGAAUAUGCUGUUCAGUGUACCGCACGGGUUUGUGAAACUUUACUGCACAUUUCAAGACGAGGAGAGAUUAUAUUUUGUAUUAUCAUACGCCAAGAACGGCGAAUUGUUACAUUAUAUAAAUAAGGUCGGUUCGUUCGAAUUAAAUGUAGCCAAAUUUUAUGCCGCCGAAUUAUUGAUGGCACUAGAGAAAAUGCACGCGAUAGGAAUCAUACAUCGGGACCUGAAGCCCGAGAACAUUUUGUUGGACGAGAACAUGCACUUACAAAUAGCUGACUUCGGUACGGUGAAGAUACUUGACCCACAGAAGAUUAGAUCCUCAACACCAAAUGUACCGGAAGACGAACAAAACUCAACGUCAACAGAUCGUUCAAGGAAGAUCAGUUUCGUUGGAACUGCUCAGUACGUGAGCCCAGAUCUAUUACAGAACCGUGUAGAUACACGUUCUUCCGACCUAUGGGCUCUAGGCUGCAUCAUAUACCAGAUGAUAUCCGGACUACCUCCCUUCAGAGCGUCCACAGAAUUCCUUACAUUUCAGAAGAUAUUGAAAAUGGAUUACGAAUUCCCUGAAGGUUUCCCAGCGGACGCCAAGGAUUUAGUAGAAAAAUUGUUAGUUUUGGACCACAAUAAGAGGCUCGGAGCGAGCGACGAAGGUUUCACGUAUGAAAGCAUUCGUAAACAUCCAUUCUUCGAAGGCAUCGAUUGGGAAAAUAUUUGGGACGAGACACCACCAAAAAUAAGUCCCUAUUUACCUGGUGGAUCGUUCGAAGAAGAAUACACAGUGCCUGAUCAUCUAGAACCCGGAUUAGGGAAGAACCAACUAGUGCGCUUAUGGGAAUUCGAUCUCUCGACAUCUAGAGGAAUUUUGAAUAUCAGCCCCGAAGAGAAAAGACGCCGUUUAGAAGUUCAAGCUAGAGAGAAUAAAUGGCACCAGUUUGUUGAUGGAGAGCUUAUAUUGAAGCAAGGAUUGGUCGAAAAAAGAAAGGGUCUUUUCGCGAGGCGUCGUAUGUUACUAUUGACAACCGGGCCUAGAUUGUUCUACGUAGAUCCCGUCAACAUGGUGCUUAAAGGAGAAAUACCAUGGUCACCGGAUCUACGUGUUGAAGCAAAGAACUUUAGAAUAUUUUUAGUGUACACGCCAAAUCGUACAUACUAUUUGGAGGAUCCCCAGUCAUACGCGUUGGAGUGGACCCGGGUGAUAGACGAGGUCCGCAUCGGAACAUACGGGAGGGACACCACCUAG